AUGCCUAUGAACAAGGAUCUGGAUGCGGCAGUCCAGGAGACCUUGCCCACGACACCUGCUGGGUUCCACCAUGCAAGACAACAGAGCCGACAGGUUCGUGUGUCGAGAGACAAUGGCACUGAUAGACCAACGACUCCUGGUCAAUCAAAAGACAACCGACCACAUAGACAAGAACAUCGCGAAUGGUCGAGGACCAAUAUGCCAAACAUUGGCAAACACUCCCUUGAAGCUCUGGGUACUGAACGUCUCGACAUCCAGGCAGAUCACAACCCUUGGAAGAUACCCGUUGUUUCGUCUCUUCAGCCUAGACCGGAAAACGCAAGGGCACAGAACAUGACACAAUCUGUAAAUAGUUCAACAUUGAAGCAGCAGAAACCAAAUAUGGGCACAAAAGCACAGAAAUUGCAGCAAAAGCCACCAGUCAGUGCGUUCGACGAUACUGUAAGUCUGGACAGUGGUUUCAUCGACGAUAGCAUCAACGAAGACAAUCGUACAGUCGUAUUCAGAAGAGAAGCCUUUCCUCCACAUACUACCAAGACAGGGCCUGACCACUACAAUUCCCGUGAGCAUGAUCUAUUGUCUGGAAGACUCGACACACAAGCAGCGAACGAAUUCUUUGGCUCCCAAUGGCAAGAAGAGCUUGCGGAAGAGAGAGAUUACCAGAAUCGACUCCGAGCACAAGCAGAGAGACAACAUGCUGUGAGUCCUUUUGUUGGUAAAGGCCCGACGAGAACAGCGGUCGAUCAUGACAUUCAGCUAGAAACACCCUCGCGAGCACAAUCAGUGCCUUCAGUGCAGGGAAUCAAGGCUCCGAUACCACGUCGUGUCGAUUUUGUAUCUUCACCAGAGGUCUUUGAAAGAAGUAUGGACUCUCCUAUUGUUCGGAGUGCCGACAUUGCAAGAGAGGACAGUCCAUCCAUUGUUUCUUCCCGGCCAAAUAGUGCCCAGCCGGUCAUACAACGUGUACCGAUGCAUCACAAACCACAUCCAUCACAGUUAGCAACGAAUCCCCAAGUACGACAGGGUCAUUCCCCCUUCCACCCAGCUUCGGGUCGAUUCCACAAGAUGCUGCAGCACAGUCAAAAAAUACCACCGCAGCAGAAAGUCUCAGCACCGGAAUCAGAUAUGCAAGACUCGUCUGAAGACGACCGAUUACAAGGACAAUCUAAACAGGCUAGCUCGAGUACUGUUCUCGACACCACAGACGUCUUUUCGGAGUUGAGCAGAAAGCGGCCGCACGCAAGCAGCAGCGCGGACGUGCUCGAUUACGAUCCACUCCAAUUAAAAGAGAAGACAUUAUCAGACCUACAAGCGGAGCCGUUCAACACGGAUCCCAAGGAUGCAGCCAAAGAGCCAGCAAGGGACACCCAUGGUAACGAAAUGACAUUGAGUCAAAUCCUCGAAAAUCUGGACAAAAUGGCAGUACCUCAUCAACAAGAGACCUUCCGAACUCAGACAGAUGAACAAUGGGCUCAGACAGGUCAAUGGUUCGUCGAUAGAUUCCAGACAGAUUUGAAGGAACUCAUGCAAGUGAGAUUGCAGAGACGAACUAUAGCGCUGGCAUAUGAAAGCAAGAUACGACAGCGUCAGAUGGAGGUGGAGCAUUUCCGGGCUGGUGUUGAGAAGGAGUUACAGGACUUACAGACGGGUGGCAAUGGCCUUUUGAAAGACCGAAGGCCGCCUGGUGGAAGCAGAGCCGGGACACCUAUAAGACCAGUCAAGAGUUGA